UACGGGCUAUUCCAUAUCAAUGCAUUCCGAGACCACAAUGACCAGGACAGAAGUUGGCCUGGAAUAUUGUUUCUUUAGUCCGCAGAGCCAUUCAGCUUUCAUCUUGGAUCUCUAUAAGUACGUGGUUAGCUAGGUUUUCCUCAACACUCUCAAACAAAUUACAAAGCAGCAGGUAGCUACUAGCUAGUGGCUUGAUAGAACUCGAUCAAUCCGGCCAAUAUAUCUCUGACGAUCGACAUGGCUCAAAUAGCGAAAAUGCAAGUCGAAGCUGAGAUCAAAGCCGGUGCUGAAACUUUCUACGAAGUCUUUCGUAGCAAAGGGUACUUGUUGCCCAAGAUCUGCCCUGACAUGAUAAAGGACAUACGUGUACUUGAAGGGGACUGGGGAACUGUUGGCUCGGUCAAGCAGUGGACUUAUGUUGCUGCAGGUAAUUCUGAGAUUGCAAAAGAGACAGUUGACGCCAUGGAUGAGAAAAGCAAAUCAGUCACUUUCAAGACGGUGGAUGGAACGCUCCUGAAAAUCUACAAGACUAUGAAGGCCACGGUUCAGGUUACGGCAAAAGGUGGAGGAUGCAGCUCGGUGAAAUGGAGUAUAGAAUACGAGAAGCUGAACGAGGAUUCCCCACCUCCCAAUAAGUACCUGGACUUUGUUCUCAUUCUCACCAAAAAGGUUGAUGCCUACCUUCUCAAGGCAUAAUGGAUCAUUCCUUAUUGCAUGCAUGUGGGAUUGGUUUGAAUGUAAGAUUACAAUGAUAUGUACAAUAAAAGUUGGGAAUUAGCUUUAAGAGUUCCCCAAUGCUUCUAGUUCUAUGUACCACAAUUAAUCCUUAAAUUGAUGUAUGAUAUAUAUGUAUAAUUUUCACUAUAUGCA